UCACAAGUGUUCCAAAUACAACAAUUCUUAUUAAUUUUCUCUUAAUAUCUCAUUCAUAACGGUAUCCUAUUUUGAUCGCUAUGAAUCCAUUAUUUGUCUUCUCUUCUAUUUUGAUUGUUGUUUGUACAACAUCAGUUCGUUCUAAAUCACCAGUUUCGCCAUUUACAGCAGCGUCAGGAAAAUAUGUGUCGUCGUACGAUCAUCUUGAUGUUGGUCACCUACUGAAAAAUGACAAAUUAGUGACGGCAUACAUUAAAUGUUUCAUGGACGAAGGACCAUGCACCAAAGAAGGCAAACAAGUCAAAAAUACACUUUUACCUGAUAUUAUAUCCACAGUAUGCAGCAAAUGCUCGCAAAAACAAAGGAAUAUGGCUAGACAAGUUUUGACAAAUAUCUACCAAAAGAGGCGAUCAGACUUUGAAAGAAUAAUGGAAAAGUAUGAUGCUGACGACAAAUACGAUGAAAUUAUUACUUUUAUGAAUGAAUCUGAGCCCGAAACUGAAUCACGGCAUUAUCAUUACGUCGCUAUGGUCUGCAAGACGUUUGUUUUGUUGUCUUGCGUUAUUUACGCUUGUGUAGCUGCUCCAGGCGAUUCAGCUAAUCCCGACGAUGACAUUAAAGAUCUUGGUACAUACAUGAAACGAUUCGACAAAAUUAAUGUAGAACAAAUCUUAAAUAACGAUCGAGUGUUGAGCAGUCAUCUUAAAUGUUUCCUCAAUGAAGGACCAUGUGUGCAACAAUCAAGAGAUCUAAAAAGAGUGAUUCCAGUGAUUGCAGAAAAUGCCUGUGAUGGUUGCACUCAUAGACAAAAGGCCGUUAUCAAAAAGUCACUAAAUACUUUAAAAAAUAAAAAACCAAAUGAAUGGUCACGACUUGUCAAAAUUUAUGACGCAUCAGGCGAAAAAUUAAAUAAAUUUUUGGAAUCCUAAGUAAAAAUUCAUUAUACAAAUCCUUCAACUGAUCUAUACUAUGUAACUAUUAAUAAUGUCAAUGUUAUAUUAUUAAUUUAUAGUCAUUUAAACCAUCAUUUAUUUAUAUAAUUUUGUUAAAUUAUUUUUCAUGAAAAUGUUUUUAUCAAAUAAAAAAACUAUCCUUAACA